GGACCGGUCAAGGCGGAGCGGAGCCAACGACGGGCGUCAGACGUCGAGAAGUCAAGUGGGGCCGUGAGCAACAGGUUGACGAGAUUGGCCAUCAUUACCAGCAUCGCAUACCUCCUUCUUCUGUCGUCGAGAUGCCGCCAAAGGGAAGAGCGGUGGCCGCCGGUCCGGGAACGGCUCUGCCUACCAAAGAGCGAGCCCUCUUCACUCGGCUGAUCCAGGAAUACGAGACCAAGAAGUUCAAGCUCGGUCUCAAGACGGCGGACACGAUUCUCAAGAAGCAUCCUGAGCAUGGCGAGACGCUGUGCAUGAAGGGCCUGCUCCUCGCCUCAACAGGCGAUCGCCAGCAAGGCUUGGAGCUGGCCAAGCAGGGUGUCCGCAAAGAUCUGAUGAGCUUCAUCUGUUGGCAUGCAUUGGGCAUCUUGAAUCGCAUGGACAAGAACUACGAAGAGGCAAUCAAGUGUUAUGGCCAGGCGCUGCGCAUCGAGGGUGGCACCAACUUGAAUCUCAUUCGCGAAUCCUCAUACAUGUACAUGCAGUCACGCAACUAUCCGGCACUCAUUGACAACAGGGUCAACCUCCUUCGUAUGCAACCCCAUCUCCGUAACAACUGGGCAGCACUUGCAACUGCGUACCAUCUCGCUGGCAGGCUCGACGAGGCAGAGAAGGUCCUCGCUCAAUGGCAGUCAACAUGCAGAGACGUGCCCAAGCGCUCAUAUGAGCACUCAGAGAUGCUUCUCUACCGCGCCUCGAUCCUCCUCGAGGCAGGCAGGCAUCAGGACCUGCUCAACCACCUCGCCGAGUCUUCUUCGCGCAUCGUUGACAGGCGAACAGCGCAGGUCAUGGAGGGCAAGGCUCUCCUCGCCCUCAAUCAACUGGACAAGGCUCAAGCGCUGUGGCGCAAGCUGAUAGACGCCAACCCCGAAGACCAGCAGUACGUCUCGGGUUGGGUGCAGAGCAAGGCCGCUGCGGGCAACGACCAGGAAGCCGUUGCGGCUCUGCGUGAGCUGCAAACACUCUUCCCUCGCAGCCAAUGCGCCAAGCGUAUGGAGCUCACACAUCUUGCCGGAUCCAACGAAGCUUUCAGCUCUGCGUUCGAGGCAUAUCUCUCGCGAGCCCUCACCAAGGGCGUACCCAGCAUCUUUGCCGACAUCAAAUCGCUCCUUUCCGACUCUGAUAAGUGUAGCGCAGCUGAACGAGUGGCGCUGGCCUUGCUGCAAAAGUACUCGCCAUCGACAUCAAGCGAUGAGCCCCCCUCGUCGUAUCUGUGGACUCUCUACUUCCUCGCUCAAUUCUACUCGUACCGCCAGCAACCAGAGCAAGCGCUGAGCUACAUCGAGAGCGCAAUUGCGCACACCCCUACCCUGCCCGAGCUGCACAUGACAAAGGCUCGCAUCCUCAAAAGAGCAGGAGCGGUACAAGCUGCAAGCCACGCGAUGGAGGAUGCGCGCCUGCUAGACGGGCAAGACCGCUUCCUCAACAGCAAAGACGCAAAGUACAAGCUCCGCAUCGGCCAGGCCGCUGCAGCGGAGAAGGUCAUGGGUCUCUUCACCAAGCCCGACGCUCCCUCUCCCCUUUCUGACCUGCUGGAGAUGCAGGCAAUCUGGUUCAUCCUCGAGGCGGGCCUCUCUCACGAAGCGGCAGGGCAGAAUCAUCUGGCACUUAAGCGCUACGCUCAGACGGAGAAGAUCUUUGAGGAUCAUUGGGACGACCAGCUUGACUUCCACUCGUAUUGUGUGAGGAAGUUCACGCUCAGGGAUUAUGUAGACAUGUGUAGGUGGGAGGAUGGCGUGAGGGGUCACGCUGGAUACAGAGAGGCGGCGAUUAGGGCUGUUGGCGUAUACCUGCGCAUUUAUGACGAUGCGCAAGCCAACAAGGGCUCUGGAUCAUCUCCCGCAGCAGGCGAGGUUAAUGGCAACGGCUCAGUGGCAGCGAGUUCGCAGAGCGACGACGCAAAGAAGGAAGCGAAGCGUCUGAAGAAGGCAGAAGCGAAGCGCAAGGCCGAGGAAGAGGCCAAAAAGCAGGCAGCAGCGGCCGCAGCAGCAAAGCAGAAGGCCAACGGCAAGGGCGCAGCGCAGACGGAUGACGAAGAGGUCAAUGCACCCCCGCCUGAUCCGGACCCGGAGGGAUGGACCCUGCUGCAGAGGGAGGAGCCCUUGGAGGAGGUUGAACGGUUGUUGAAGAGCUUGCAGACGCACGCAGCGAGGGAUCCCAGGGUGUGGGUGGCUACCUUUGAGCUUGGGCUCAGGCGAGGAAACUGGCUGUUGUGCGCAAGCGCACUGAGGAGAGGGACGGAUGCGUGCGCAACAGCAUCAUCACCCGCCAUUGCGGCAGAGGCGCAGGGUCGUCUGCACGUGCAACGACUCCAGCUCCUUUCGUCCCUCCCCACCGACCUCUCGACGCUGGACGAGCCCACAAGAGCAGGAAUCACCGCUGCCCUCGGGGACGAUCUCUCUGCUCCCUCCGGUGUGUCACUGCAAAGAAUAAAUGACGACCACCUGCAACGCACAGGAGACGUCCUCUCCCAUUCUCGUGGAGCAUUGGUGCUCGGCGGAAAGCAGGCAGAGCAAGAGGUCAAAGCCGCGCUCCUUCACCUUGCCUCCCAGCCUGGCACGAAACUGCCUACACUUCUCUCCGCAUGGACCUUCCUGCAAGGCAGCACCCGCACACCCGCCGGAUCGGUCGCUCCCCUACUUCCUGGUCCUCACCUUUCUGCAGCAGCGAGCCCUGAGGAGCUGGAGCAGUUCCGCUCCAAGGCGCACGGUUUGCAACCUUUGGCUGAGGAGUUCCUCACGGGCGAAGAGAGUGAGAAGAGGAGAGAGAGGAGGGAGAAGCAGAGGAAGGAUUGGGAGGCGUGUAGGGAUGGCGAGGAAGGUGUGCCAGCUGAGAAGCUGGACUAA